UUACCAAAAAUCCUCCAAAAUGUUCAGCUGGCUAACCCGCGAAGGCAACGACAAGCAAGACCUGUUCGAUUCAGUAACCCAAGGACUAAACCAAAUCUACAAAACCAAACUGCUGCCUCUGGAGCAGCACUACCAGUUCCAUGACUUCCAUUCUCCUCAGCUCGACGACCCCGACUUCCACGCGAAGCCUAUGAUCUUAUUAGUCGGGCAGUACUCUACCGGAAAAACAACUUUUAUAAAGUACCUCCUGGAGCGCGAUUUCCCAGGUAUCAGAAUCGGACCCGAGCCGACGACAGAUCGCUUUAUCGCAGUUAUGUACGACCAGAAGGAAGGAGUGAUUCCAGGGAACGCUUUAGUAGUGGAUCCCUCUAAACAGUUCCGUCCUCUGGCAAAAUUCGGGAACGCCUUUUUAAACCGACUCCAGUGUUCAACCUUGCCAUCACCGGUGCUAAAGGGAAUCUCUAUCGUGGACACUCCUGGAAUUUUAUCCGGAGAAAAACAGAGAGUCGACAGAGGCUACGACUUCACUGGAGUCUUAGAGUGGUUCGCUGAGCGAGUGGACAGGAUCAUUCUUUUAUUUGACGCCCACAAGCUGGACAUCUCUGAUGAGUUCCGGAGGUCUAUUGAAGCUCUAAGAGGCCACGAUGAUAAAAUCCGAAUUGUUUUGAACAAAGCUGACAUGAUUGACCACCAACAGCUGAUGCGAGUCUACGGAGCGCUCAUGUGGUCCCUUGGAAAGGUUCUCCAGACUCCGGAGGUUGCUAGGUCUCUCCCAAAAAAUGCGACUCUUAGGAAGCUCAAUGACUUGAUCAAGAGAGCUAGGCUCGCUAAGGUGCAUGCUUACAUUAUCAGUGCUCUGAAAAAAGACAUGCCUUCUGUCUUUGGAAAGGAUAAUAAGAAGAAAGAACUGAUUAAAAAUCUGGGGAAUAUUUAUGACCAGAUUCAAAGAGAGCACCAGAUUUCUCCAGGAGAUUUUCCUGAUUUGAAAAAAAUGCAAGAGUCGCUGGUUAAUCAUGAUUUUACUAAGUUUAAUCCGCUUAAGCCGAGAUUGCUGGAGAUUGUUGAUAAAAUGUUAGCUGAGGAUAUUGCUAAGUUGAUGGCGAUGAUUCCGCAUGAAGAUGUUUCUACUACUAUUGAACCUUUGAUUAAAGGAGGUGCAUUUGAGGGUGUUGAGGAUCAAACAAGUCCCUUUGGGUACAAACGAGGUGAAGGAGUUGAUGCUGGGUCUGACGUCGACAAAGAUGGUCAAUUAGACGCCGAAGAGUUUGCUCUGGCAAUGCAUUUAAUAAACGUUAAAUUAGACAAUUACGAUCUACCGACUACACUCCCCGAACACUUGGUACCCCCCUCCAAGCGAACGUGGAAUGAAUCACAU